GUGGGACCCUUCUUUAAGAACGAAGAGAAUUUUUACCGCUACUCUCUCUCUCUCUUUCUCUUCUAUAAAAGCCAAAAAGACUCCUUCUUCAAUUCUCAUAUAUCGUCACCGUUUAUAUUUCUAUUUUCUCUGUUGGUCCUCGCCAUUUCAAACUUCCAAAGCUAUGUCUCAGACCGUUGUUCUCAAGGUUGGCAUGUCAUGUGAAGGCUGCGUUGGAGCUGUCAAGAGAGUGUUGGGCAAAAUGGAGGGUGUGGAAAAUUUUGAUAUCAAUCUGAAGGAGCAAAAAGUGACCGUGCAGGGCAAUGUGCAGCCGGAUGCCGUUCUCCAGACUGUGUCAAAGACUGGGAAGAAGACUGCCUUCUGGGGAGAUGAGACACCCGCAGCAGCACCAGCACCAGCAAAACCAUAACCAAAGCCUCACGAAGCUCUUGUUGUUUCUUAAUGUGGGUGACCCAUUUGCUCUCUGGGAAUACAGUGUGAUUAUCAUUUGGACUGUAAGAUAUGUACUGCACGUCAACUUUGAAACUACAAUAAGUUGUUGAAUGUUUUUCUUCUGUGUUAUCAUCUGAAACGAAAUACAUAUUCCUUGUGAUAUUCUCAUGUA